UUAUCGUAGUACUCUUAGAGUAUAUCAUUAUUUUUCUUGUUUGUGAUCAAGUGCAAAUUUAAUGGAGAAAAAGAUUGUUUCAAGUUGGUUUAAUGGAAAUUCCUUGCCCAAAAAUUAUAUAAUUCCUCCAGAAAAAAGACCAGAUGAUAUUUCUUUUACUGCAUGCAGAAUUCCAGUUAUUGAUCUUUCCAUGGCAAAAGGUGAUGAUGAUCGAGGAGUUAUAGUUGAGCAAAUUAUGCAGGCUGCAAAAAAGUUUGGUUUCUUCCAGGUGAUCAACCAUGGAGUUGCAAAAGAAAUAUUGAGGGAUGCUAUGCAGGUGUUUAAGGAGUUUUUUGAGUUGCCUUAUGAAGAUAAAUCACACUUGUAUUCUGAGGAAAGUAAUGUGAAGUGUAGACUUUAUACAAGCAGUUUCAAUUAUGCAAAUGAAGACAUUCAUUAUUGGAGGGAUUGCUUGAAACAUAAUUGUACACCUUUGAAAGAAUGCAUAGAUUACUGGCCCCAAAAACCUGCUAGAUACAGGAAGGUUGUAGAGGAAUAUUCUACUCAAGUGAGUGAGCUAGGGUCAAGAAUUUUAGACCUAAUAAGUGAAGGUUUAGAGCUUGAAUCUGGAUACUUUGGUCAUGGUUAUAGUGAAGAUUCUUUUUUGGCAGUGAAUCAUUAUCCACCAUGUCCUGAACCAAGAUUAACUUUAGGAUUACCAAAGCAUUGUGAUCCUAACAUUAUUACUCUCCUUCUUCAAGAUAAUAUUUCUGGCCUUCAAGUUUGUGUUGAUAACAAAUGGCUACUUGUUGAGCCUUGUCCAAAUGCCUUUGUGGUUAACAUGGGCUACCAGAUGCAGAUUAUUAGUAAUGGAAAGCUGAAAAGUGCAGAACAUAGAGUGGUGACAAAUGCACAUCAUGCUAGAACAACUGCAGCAUUCUUCAUUUUGCCAUCAAAGAAUUGCAUUAUUCAACCUGCCAAAGCUCUUGUUAAUAAAGGCGAUUUACCACUUUACAAGCAAUUUCAAUACGCAGAUUUUAUUCAGACUUUCAAAGCCCAUAAUAGUGGAGAUGAACCUGAAAAAGUUUUGGAGCAUUACAAGAUCAAAUAAUAAUUAAGCCUGGAUGAUAUAGA